CUCAUAGAUGGGAAAAGUUUGUGUUGGUUCUACCAGGGAUUGGACAGAACACAAAAGACAGUCUCAAAGCCAGAGAAGGAAGAAAGGGUCGUCAGACCGAGCUGUCCAGGAUUUUUGUCGAUAAAAGAGAUAAUACCAACAUGCUGAAGGCUAUUUUCUGCAGGGGAUUGGCACAACCAUCUUCUGCCAGGUUAUGCAAGAAAUGUUGGGGAGAACAAGUGUUACCAGAGGUUGCAUUGGUGCAAAGUAGAGGCCUGCGGUCAAGAGAAGGGGCACUUCCUCAAGCAGGCAGGCGCUUUCGACUGCCACAAUAUACAAAAGUAGAGGUGGAACCAGUGUAUCCAGAAGGCACCAUUCACGAGGAGUUACUUGUAUCCAUGAAGGCCUAUGACAUGUGUAGUGUGGAGCAUUACCUACAAUUUCUACACAGGCUGGCAAAGAAAUGGAACAUAAAAGUAUUAGAGAGCUAUGCCCUCCCAACUAGGAAGAUAGACAUACGUCACCUUGAGACAGCAAGUCGCCUCAAAACCUUCUCAGAAGCGACGCUCAGUCUCCAUGAGAGAGUCUUAAAGCUCAAGAAUGUGACCUCCACACAAGUUCCCUUACUUCUGGAGGUGCUGAGGUCUCACCAACCUGUCGGUCUCACCCUCGCUGUCAAAGAGCCAACUGAGGAUGAUGAAAUGGUGAGAUUCAAGAAAAACAAAGAGUUGGAGGAGCUUCUGGAAACUCAGAGUCAAAUCAGGAGGUAGACAUCAUGCAUGAAGAUCUAGUGACCAGUAGUUUAGAUUUGAUUUAAAGGUUCUAAAUUUGGACAGUUUUCUUUAAAUAGAAUCUAUCACAAAUUUUGCCAUCAGAAAGUAUGGCUCAAUGUAUGAGUGUUUCUGAAUAGUACCCUGUGUCAGUGUUUGAAUGCCUAUAGAUGAGUUCACCAUUCUGCAGACCACAAAAAACUGUUUGCAUCAUUGGGAACGUACAUGUUCAGGAAUGCAAGAAAAUCUAAUGUAUUUGUACAUUCACUUUGUCAGAAUACUUCUGAUUGUUUACAUAACAAGUACAUACCUUGAUGUAAGUAGUUUUUUUUUUUUUUUUUUGGUGUCCAGAGCCCCUUUCAGGUUAUUCAAAUACAAUUCAAUCUCUACAACUGGAU